CAAAGCAACAAGCACCUUGGUAGCUCCGAUCAUCUUCAACAUAAACGCGUCCAACAACAUCAGUACUGGUGCAGUCAUCGGGAGGACAAACCCUUCAUGCAAACUGCACCUACUAUCAACAACAAGAAGAAGAAGUAGGGGCAUCAGAGGUGAUCAGCAGUAUGGCGACUGCUGCAGAUGAUGAUGAAGUGAGUGGAGCUGUAGAGGCUCUGUUAGAGGACAGUUAUGCAGAGGAGAUGGCUGAUGCAUUUGGUGAUGAAGACAAUUACCAGGAGAGCAUCCCUCAGGAUGAACUAGAGAAUAUUUUUGGGGAUGAUGAUCUAGAUGUACCCAAAGACCCAAAUUACUACGAACCAGGACUGGACCAAACAACUGUGUGUGUAGACGAAGAUAGUCUUCCAGCUGGCAUUCCUGAACCAACUAAACACCACUUGCAGGUUCUUCAAGAAUCAUUUGGUCAUAGUGCCUUUCGUCCGAUGCAAUGGAAAAUAAUCCAUGCAGUGUUGCAGGGUCGUGAUAAUUGUGUAGUGAUGGCAACAGGAUAUGGCAAAAGUCUCUGCUACCAGUUUCCUGCAGUGUUCACCAAUGGUGUGGCAGUAAUUGUGUCACCCCUGAUCUCUCUUAUGCAAGAUCAGGUGUUGGCCCUCAAGGCAUCCAACAUUGAAGCAUGCUAUUUGGGAAGUGCCCUUAAGAAUAAAGGAGAGGUGUACUCUGAUAUGUUUACUGGCAGAUACCGAGUCAUUUAUGUAACUCCAGAAUUUGUUGAUGCAUGCUCAGAUGUUCUUGCCACCCUCAAGAAAAGGGCAGAUAUCUCCCUCUUUGCAAUUGAUGAAGCUCACUGUGUCAGUCAAUGGGGACAUGACUUCAGGGUUUCUUACAGGCGGCUUGGAUCAUUGAGAAAACUUUUUCCACAAGUGCCCAUCCUAGCACUAACAGCCACUGCAACUCAUCGUGUACGCAAAGACAUAUGCUCUUUACUUAGGCUGAGAUCGCCAGAAGUGACUGUUACAAGCUUUGACCGCCCAAACCUCUAUAUUGAAGUGAGGUCUAAGAAGAAGGACAUUUUAAAGGACAUUCUUCCCCUCAUGGUCAAAGAUUCAAGGGGAAAAUACAGUCCUGAGGGACCUACCAUUAUUUACUGCCCAACCAAGAAGGCAACAGAGGAAGUAGCAGUAACACUAAGAGGUACUGGAAUAAAUUGUGAGAAGUACCAUGCAGGAAUGACACCAGAUCAGCGUAAGAGGUCUCACGAGCAAUUUGUAUGCGAUAAGGUAGAUCUUAUAGUUGCCACAGUUGCCUUUGGAAUGGGAAUAAAUAAACCUGAUGUCCGUCGAGUUAUCCACUAUGGAGCUCCAAGCAACCACGAGUCUUACUAUCAGGAGAUUGGCCGUGCAGGAAGAGAUGGGCUGCCAUCAGUAUGUACUGUUAUUUUUGCUCCAGAAGACUUUGCUGUUCACAGGUUCUUCUUGAGUCAGAUAAAAUCAGAAGAGUACCACAAUCACCGCAAGAUGAUGAUGAACAAAAUGGAAAAGUUUUUAAGCCUUACUGCCUGUCGUCGAGCAGAGAUUCUCUCACAUUUUACAUCAAACCCUCCCAGUGUUACACCGAAAAAAGAUUGCUGUGACAACUGUACCCAAAUACUAUCAGGCCAGGGCUCUGGAAAAGGAAAGUCUCGGGUAGAGUCCGCUCUUGAUGAUGAUGGAAAGUAUGACUUUACUGAGGACUCUUUGAAUCUUAUGAAGACAGCAGGGGGAUGCAAUGGGGCGUGUGCCAUUGGAACACUAAUAUAUAUAAUUCGAGGUUCCAAUUGUCAACGAGUAAAGCCACACUGGAAACGACUCUCAACAUUUGGUGCUGGGAAAAAUCGCAGUGAAUCCUAUUGGAAAGCAUUAGCCAAAAUGUUAGUUUUUGAUGGGUACAUUUCUGAGACAACUGUACAAAGUGGAGGGGAGGGUAGAGGUCGUGGAAGAGGAGGUUGGGGACGGUCUGUCUCUACCUUCUCAUACGAUUCCAUUGGACUAACUAGAAAAGGAAGUCUUGCUUUGGAUGAUCGCAACUGCAAAAUAAUGUUGCAACCUUCAUCUACAAUGCUAGAAGAACUGCGCUAUGUCAUCAAGACCGUUAGACCUACUGUUGCCAACACUAAUGGAGAUUCAGCCCAUCGCUACCUAUUUAAUCCAAGUGACUUCCUAAGCAAACAAACCAGCAAGAAGCUCUUACCUGGAACUCCUGGCAUAGCUCCUGUCACUGAGCCACUCAGAGCAGGUCUUAGCACUUCAGAAAUAAAAGAAGAGAAGCAGGAAGCAGAAGAACCGGAAGAUCCUAGAGAAGGGAAACUGAAGACCGAGUUGUACAAGUCGCUGUUAAAACUACGAAAUCGUCUCGGAGAAGAAAAUGGAUUCAUGCCAUAUUUGGUUGCAACAAACAGAAUAUUGCUGUUACUCACUCAGGAUAGGCCUACUACAUUAAAUGCCUUGAGAAAAAUUGAGGGGCUGGUUGAAGCUAAAGUUCAAAAGUUUGGUCCUGCUCUGGUGGAACACAUUCGAACAUUCUGUCUUCAGAAUAAUUUAAGUUGCAAGGGUGGAGCUGAUACCAAUCAGGUUGAGCUUCUUGUGGGUGAGGAAGCAAAACCCUCGACUAGUAGCUGUGGCAGUGGAUUUAUCUCUUCAAAAAGAUUAUACAAUAGUCAAAAACACAUUGAUGAUGUGCAAAUAGGCACUAAUGUAGACAGUAGCACUUCAUCUGGAUGGAUUUCUGCAUCUAAAGCUAAAGGUACUUCUAAAUCUUCUUCCCCUGAUAUGAUGGCAGGCACUCUUGAAACAGAGAACUGUAAAUUGGAAUGUGAAGAACGGGAAGACGAUGUGAGAAAAAGAACAAUGUCUCCUAAAACGCAAGGAGCAGCUCACCAAGGUCAUUCCAUUUUGAACAGAUGCGGCAAUGAGGUUGACAGAAUUAGAAAAGAUGAUGAAAACCGUUUUAGCCAGAUGAGUGAAAACUCUGAAAAUCUUGAAAGUUCUUCAGUAAAGUUUGAAGACAGUCAACAUACACAAAAAUAUACUGUACCCAAGAUGAAUGGAAUAGGUUUGGGUAUGCAUGAUGAUCUGUUACCAGGUGAAAAUGAAGAUUUGUUUGAUGACAUUGAAAAAGAAAGCUCUAUGAAUAUGACAUUUAAAUCUGCUACUUUAGAUGCGCGCACAAAAUUGCUGGCACCAGUAGAUACUAAAACAACUAAAGCAACUCUGUCGGCACCAGAAAUUUCAAAUGCAGAAACACAGCCUUUAGCAUCUACUGGUGAUACACUGCUAUAUAACCCACUCCAAGUUACAUCAGCUCUGACAAGUAAAAUUGGCAAGAAAAAGGGAGUCAAUUUCAGUGAUUCAGACACCGAAGAUGGAAGUACCACUACUGAGGAUUCGCAGGAGAAGUAUGAACGCAUAAUUUCUGAUAAUAAAAGAAAGCUGAAAGAUAAAGGAUGGAUCGAUGCUCGUAAAAUGAAAAAGAAAAUACAAAAAAAUUCACUUUUUAAAAGAUAAUGGGUUAAUUGAUUUAGGAAAGUUUCCAAGACUGCACAUGAUUGUGGUAUGUAAAAUACUGUACUGUACAUGUUUCUAAGUAACAGUAUGUAAGCAAUAGUUUAAUAAAUAUAUAUUUUUGUACUUUUUUUUGUUUCAUAGGCCUUAUUUAGAAAUUAUAUAGUAGACUGUAUUAAGAAAAUUUUCAUGUCAUUGAUUUAAUAUAUGGUACUGUAUUCUGUAAAAUAAUAAUAGGUCUCAGCAUUUAAUGAUUGUUAUUCUGAUUAUAAGCCUAUACACUUUUAAGGAAAUAAAAGUAAUUUGUUUCCAUUGCUUGUUAAUGGUAUAUUAGCUACAGAAAUACCACACAAACAAGUUCAUAGAAAUAAGAGCACUCCUCAUAUUAGAAAAUGAAGAUCACAGUAAAAUAUUAAAAAAAAAAAAUUUUUUAGUUAUACAGUAUAAGAAAAAUGUACAAAUUUAAGUACAUUAGCAUGUCUGUAUUUUACCUGUACAGUAUUUUCCUGUCAUUCACUAUCUCUGCCAGCCUUAUUGGUUCAAGGUCUGUCCGUUUGGUCUUGGGGGUUUUGCACUUCCAUAUUUAUGCUGGGAGAAAAAUAAUUUAAUGUUGGCUUCUCUGUGUUUGGGCUUAGCAGGUGUUAAGGUUCAUGUUAUCAGAUUUCUUCAGUGCAUGUAAAUGUCUUGACGAGAUGAACCUUGUCAUGCCUGGUGGCUUUAUAUAUAUUUACCUAAGUGUAGUUACAGGAUGAGAGCUACGCUCGUGGUGUCCUGUCUUCCCAGCACUCUUUGUUACAUAACGCUUUGAAAUUAGUGACAGUUUUGGCUUCCACCACCACCUCACCUAACGUGUUCCAACUGUCUACCACUCUGCAUCAGAUGUGUCCUCAUAAACAGCAUAUUGUCACCUUUGUUAAGUUUAUUCCAGCAAUCCAGCUUUUAAGUUUUACAGGGUAAUAUGAAAUAUUUUGUUACAAUUGUAUAUGCAGUAUAAGCCAUCCCUUGCAUAAAAUUGACCUCAACAAUUUAGUUACAAAUUCCCUGUCUUUAUUUUUGGUUCCCAUCAUAUAUUUAAAGAAUAAAGUGCUAUAGCACACGCUUCAAUUACAUUUAUACCUAUCAUAUAUACUGUAUACUUUAGUUCAUAGGGAAUGCUGUACUGUAUAUUUCAUGUAGCCUGUUCUCACUGAAGAGUGACAAAUGUCAUGCUUGUAUCGUGCCAAAAGUGGCAGAACCUUUACUAAUGCACCUAACCUUCCUAGGCCAGUACCCAAUAGUAUUAGUAGACAUAACUUCCACAUUGAGUGGGUUAUUUGUACAUUUUACAACAUAACGUCCCAAUAGGAUAAGGGCAUUUUAAUUUUUUCAAAUACUGCAUAUGGUAUACUGUACAGUGUAAUUAUGUAAUUAAUGUGAAUCAAUAAUUUUUUCUUAAAAUAGCUCAACAUUUAUUUUAGCAUAUUUUAACAGUUAUUUGUGAUCAGAAUAUACAGUUCAGUCUUAUGGCCUUGGCACCUCCUUUUGAUACUUUAUUAUAUUAGUAAUAAAUAAAUUUGUAGAAAACGGUGAUAUUAUA